AUGAAAAAAACCAACAUGUGGUUUUUGGAGCGGAUUCGGGGGUCUGGGGAGAAUGGUGGGGGUCGGGGGCUAGGGGGCGAGGCCGGGGACAAGGCCUCCAAGGGGCCUCUGUAUAGCAAUGUGCUGACACCCGACAAGAUCCCCGACUUCUUCAUCCCUCCCAAGCUGCCCUCGGGCCCCUCCGAGGCCGGCGAGGGCCAGGCCGAGCUGGGGCCCUCCCCGUCGGAUCAGAACCUGGCUUCGGCCGCUCCCCGCCGCGCUCCGCGGAGCCCCCGGCUGCCAGCCAAGCUGGCUGCGGAGAGCCGCAGCCUCCUGAAGGCAGCCACCAGGCAUGUCAUCCAGAUAGAGAGCGCGGAGGACUGGCCGGCCGAGGAGGCCACUAACGCCGACCCCCAGGCGCAAGGCGCCAUGUCCCUGCCCUCGGUGCCCAAGGCGCAGACCUCGUACGGCUUCGCCACGCUGGCGGAGAGCCCGCACACGCGGCGCAAGGAGUCCCUUUUCCACAGUGAGCACGGGGCCCUGGCCCAGGUGGGCUCGCCGGGCGCGGGGCGCCGCCGGGCCGGCGGCAAAGCCAACGGGGGCGAGGGGGGCCCGCGGGAAUCCGGGGGGGCCCUCAUGAGCCCGGGGCGCUAUUUCAGUGGCGGGGAGAGCGACACAGGGUCCUCGGCCGAGUCGUCUCCGUUCGGGUCCCCUCUGCUGUCUCGCUCGGUGUCACUGCUCAAGGGCUUUGCCCAGGACAGCCAGGCCAAGGUGAGCCAACUCAAGCACUCCGUGGGCCGCCACGGGUCCCUGUCCGCCGAUGACAGCACGCCCGACACCAGCCCCGGGGUCCGGCGGCGCCUCACCCGCCGGGCCACCCCGGAACCUGGCCCCGAGUCCGGCCAGACCCCUCGCGGGGAGCACACGGUGCGGAUGGGGGUGAGGGGCAGCGUGCGGCUGCUGGCCGAGUACGAGGCGGCGCAGGCCCGGUUGCGCGUGCGCCUGCUGGCCGCCGAGGGUCUGUACGAGCGGCCGUGCGACGCCCGCAGCAUCAACUGCUGCGUGGGGCUGUGCCUGGUGCCCGGCAAGCUGCAGAAACAGCGGAGUACCAUCAUCAAGAACAGCCGCCACCCCGUCUUCAACGAGGACUUCUUCUUCGACGGCCUGGGGCCGGCCAGCGUCCGGAAGCUGGCCCUGAGGAUCAAGGUUGUGAACAAGGGCAGCAGCCUGAAGCGGGACACGCUGCUCGGGGAGAAGGAACUGCCCCUCACCUCCCUGCUCCCCUUCCUGUAA